AUGAAUGCUCUGACCGAUUAUCAGACGGAACCCAUUGCCAUUGUGGGAAGCAGCUGUCGGUUUCCCGGCGGCGCCAGCUCUCCAUCCAAGCUCUGGGACUUGCUCCAAGACCCCUACGAUCUCCUGCGGGAGAUUCCUCCAUCCCGAUUCAACCCCAAAGGCUUCUAUCACCCCAACGGCGAAUACCAUGGCAGCACCAAUGUCAUGCAAUCGUACCUCCUGGAGGAAGACCCUUGCUUGUUCGAUCACCGCUUCUUCAACAUUCAUCCGAAGGAGGCCGAGUCCAUGGACCCCCAGCAGCGGUUACUGCUGGAAACCGUGUAUGAGGGCAUCGAGGCAGCAGGUUACUCCAUGCAGCGUUUGAAGGCAUCCUCCACGGCGGUCUUUGUGGGCCAGAUGACCGCGGAUUACCACGAUGUCCUGCUCCGAGACGUGGACAGCACCCCCCAAUACCUUGCCACUGGUACCUCCCGAAGUAUCAUGGCCAACCGAGUGUCCUACUUUUUCGACUGGCGAGGGCCGUCAGUCACCAUCGACACCGCAUGUUCCUCGAGCCUCGUGGCCCUUCACCAGGCCGUCCAGAGCCUGCGAUCCGGGGAAUCAUCCCUCGCCGUUGCUGCCGGUGUCAACCUGAUCCUGGGUCCCGAAUUGUACAUCUUCGAAUCGAAACUACAUAUGUUGUCUCCCACAGGACGAUCCCGAAUGUGGGAUGCGCAAGCCGACGGAUAUGCGCGAGGAGAGGGGGUGGCCUCGGUGAUCCUGAAGCCCCUACGACAGGCCAUUGCAGAUCAUGAUCGGAUCGAAUGUAUUAUUCGCGAGACGGGCGUCAACCAGGACGGACGCACCCCCGGCAUCACAAUGCCCAACGCUGCGGCCCAGACCCAGCUGAUCCGCUCGACCUACGAGCGAUGCGGCCUGGACUGUACCAAGCCCGAGGGCCGCUGUCAAUAUUUCGAGGCCCACGGGACUGGAACCCUAGCAGGCGACCCCGUCGAAGCCAAAGCCAUUCGCGACGUCUUUUUCCCAGUCGACACGGCCGGGGCGUCCGAGCAGGAAGAGUCCCUGUAUGUAGGGUCUGUCAAAACUGUCAUCGGUCACCUCGAAGGCACGGCAGGACUGGCGGGAAUUCUCAAGGCGUCCCUAGCCCUGCGGCACGGUGUGAUACCGGCGAACAUGCACUUCCAACGGCUGAACCCGGCCAUCGAGCCCUAUUAUCAACACUUGGUGGUACCCACCGAAAAUCAAGCAUGGCCAGCUGUGCCUGGCGGAGGUCCGAGGCGAGCCAGCGUCAACAGCUUCGGCUUUGGAGGGACCAAUGCACAUGCCAUCCUCGAGAGUUGGGAGGAACCGGACCCCCAGCUCCGAGCAACCCCCACGGCAUGUGGUCCACUGACUGUAUCGGCGCACUCCGAGCGGGCUCUGGAGGUGGCCGUCUCGUCGUUAGCUCAGACAUUGCAGCGGCAGACUUUGGAGGACUUUUCCGACCUCCUCUGGACUCUCCAGACCCGGCGUACAGAAUUCCCUUACAAGGCCAGUUUUUCCGGCUCAAGUCCCGACCAGCUCGUCCAGCGACUGCUUGAUACAGGCCCCGGAGCCAUUCGAGCCAUCAGUGUGACAGAUCAGCGACCUGUCCGGAUUCUCGGAAUCUUCACUGGACAAGGGGCACAAUGGCCGGCGAUGGGUGCCAGUCUGUAUGCACGGUCCAGGCAGUUCCAGGAGUGUAUUCAGGCGCUGGACGCCUCCCUUGCCUGUCUUCCAGACUCGCCCGACUGGACCCUGGCUUCUCAACUGCAACCUACGGCUGAUCCUUCCCGGGUACAUGAGGCAGCCAUCUCACAGCCCCUGUGCACGGCUCUUCAGAUCGGCCUCGUGGACCUUCUUCAAUCCUCGGGGAUCACAUUCGGUGCCGUGCUCGGCCAUUCGUCCGGCGAAAUUGCUGCCGCCUAUGCCGCAGGCCGCCUCACUGCAGAUGAUGCCAUUCGGAUCGCGUACUAUCGUGGAGUUCAUGCCCACCUGGCGUGCGGCCCAGAUGGACAAGCCGGCCGAAUGAUGGCUGUGGGUAUGAACCUGUCCGACGCGCAAUCGUUUUGUCAAAACGAACCACUGCAGGGUAGGAUCUCAGUAGCUGCCAGCAAUUCUCGGUCCAGUGUGACAUUGUCCGGCGAUGCGGACGCAAUUGACGUUGCAAAACACCUCCUAGAUGACGAGAAGCAAUUUGCACGCGUGCUCAAGGUCAACACCGCUUAUCACUCCCACCACAUGGAACGCUGUGCCACGCCAUACCUGGAAUCACUGCGCCGCUGUAACAUUCAGGUCAAACCUGGUCGGGAGGAAUGCCACUGGUUUUCCAGUGUGCAUGGGCGCGAUGGACGCAGCAUCGACGACUCGGACAAUCUUUGGGGGCCAUACUGGGUGAACAACAUGGUUCAGACGGUUCUUUUCUCCCAGGCCCUGGAGCGUGCUAUUACCGAGGAGCACUGCUUUGAUCUGGUCCUCGAACUGGGACCGCAUCCUGCCCUCAAGGGACCAGCCACGGAAACCAUCAAGACCCUUACCGGUGUCGACUUGCCAUACACUGGCCUGCUCAAGCGAGGGGACGACGAUUUUCUCAUCUUCUCUGACGCCCUAGGUUUCAUCUGGAAACACUUUCUCUCCACUCGACCGGUGGUAGACUUUGCCGGAUUCCGUGCUGCGUGUGUUGGCCGUGAAGCCCCGGUACCCUCGGUGUCUAGGGAUCUACCAAGCUAUGCUUGGGACCACCAGCAACCGCUGUGGAAAGAGUCAUGGAAAUCGCGCGAGUACCGCACUCGUGCACGCCCGAUUCAUGAGCUUCUGGGGACGGUCAGGACACACGGCGAUCGACAGGAGAUGCGCUGGCGCCAUGUCAUGAGACUCCAGGAGAUGGACUGGCUCCGGGGCCACGAGUUCCAAGGCCAGGUCUUAUUCCCCGCGGCAGGAUACGUAUCCAUGGCGUACGAGGCCUGUAUGCAUCUGGCGGGCGAGUCGUCAGUGCAACUGGUGGAGCUGAUGGAUCUCCGCAUCCAGCGGGCAAUCACCCUGGAGGAGGAUUCCAGCGGCGUGGAUGUCUCAUUCGUCAUUCGCCGCGUUGCUAGGAGCGACCAUUCACUCACAGCCGAAUAUACCUGCUACAGUUGCGGAGUCGACGGCAGCGUGACCGAGGCCGAAAAAACCAACUUCUCUGGUCGCGCCAUCAUCACCCUCGGCAGCCCUAAUCCCGCGUCCUUGCCCCCACGAUGUCCUCCUCAACUCCCGUUGACUUCCCUGAAGCCGGCCCGACUGUAUGCCUCCUUGCAGGACAUCGGCCUCCGUUAUUCAGGUCUUUUCCUCGUGGACUCCGUUCGCCGCCGACUCAACGUGGCUACCGUCACCAUGCCACGCCAACAGGCCUCCCCCUGGAGGGUUCAUCCCGCCACGUUGGACGCCGCGUUCCAUGGGUUGUUCGCCGCAUUCUGCGCUCCCGGAGACAGUCGUUUGUGGACGUAUUACCUGCCCACCAGUAUCGAGAGGGUGGUGAUAGGAACGCCGUGCGAGCGCGUCUCCCGACACGAAUCCUCAGGGUUGCUGGUAGCGGACUGCCACUUGCGAUCUGCCUCAGCUAAGAUCAUCUGCGGCGAUGUCGAUAUCUUCUGCGAGGCAGACGAUCAUCCAGAGAUCCAGGUACAGGCCAUUACGUGCUCUUCCUUCGCGAACGUAUCCCCCCAGGACGAUAGGCUUCUCUUCUCCCAUACCGUUUGGCAACCGGACAUAUCCACCGCCGUGCUGUCUGUCGGCCAUACGGAGGCGUCCCCGCGCGAGCAUGCGCUGGUCGACCUCUGUGAGCGAGCCUCGUACUUUUAUUUGCGUCAGCUGCGACAGACAAUCGCGCCAGAGGAGAUCCCGGCUAUGGAAUGGCAGUUCCGGUGCCUGAUGGAUUGGACACGCGAUCAUCUGCUCCCGAUGGUAGAGUCUGGCCGUCACUCUCGAGUGCGCCCCGAGUGGGCGAGCGAUACACGGGCUGAUAUCAUGGCCUGGACGCGCACGCACCCAGGGCAAAUUGACCUAGAGAUCAUCGUUGCCGUCGGAGAGGCUCUCCCCGCCAUCGUCCGUGGAAAGGUUCCCAUCCUACAGGUGAUGAUGGAGAAUGACAUGCUUAAUCGACUCUACAAAUUCGGUCUCGGGUUCGACCUCGCCAACGAGCGUCUCCGGACUAUGGUAUCGCAAAUCUCCCAUCGAUACCCCCGGCUUCAUGCGCUCGAGAUCGGUGCCGGUACGGGUGGAGCCACAGUCAAUGUCUUGCAGGGGCUGUCCAGCCAGUUCCUGUCGUACACAUACACUGAUAUCUCGCCGGGGUUCUUCGAAAAGGCCCAGUCUAUGUUCCAUGAGCACCGCGGAAAGAUGCGAUUCAAGACGCUAGAUAUUGAGCGAGAUCCCGAGCCCCAGGGCUUUCCCCCGCAUUCCUUCGACGUGGUGAUCGCCUCCAACGUCCUCCAUGCGACCAAGAGUCUGGCAGACACGAUGCGUCAUUGCCGCCAGCUACUCAAGCCCGGCGGAUACCUCCUCCUUUUGGAGAUCACGAGCAACACGUUGCGCCCCCAGUUCGUCAUGUCGGGCUUGCCGGGCUGGUGGUUAGGGCGUGCCGAUGGCCGGCCCUGCCAUCCAACCAUCACGGAGGCGCAAUGGAAUGUCUUGCUGGAGGAAAGCGGAUUCUCGGGCAUUGAUACCGUGUGUCGGGACUUUGAUGACCCCGACAAGUACAUGUGCUCGGUGAUGAGCACGCAGGCCGUCGACCACCGGAUCAGUGCUCUUCGUCUCCCUCUGGCGUAUCCGGAUACCAUUCCUCGCAUCGGUCACCUCCUGGUGGUGGGUGGCCAGGGGACACUGGAAUUGACUCGCAUCGUCCAACGCCUGCGAGGCAUUCUCCGCCCUUUUGCUGAGCAUAUAACUGCAGUUGCAGAGUUAAACACUGUGAGCGCCUCCAACGUUCCACCGGACAGCGCGGUCCUCUGUCUGGCGGAGCUGGACCAGCCCACCUUCCGCGACAUGACAGAGGCCCGGUUCCAGGGCAUGCAGACGUUGUUUGUCCAGGCCAAGUAUCUUCUUGUCGGGACGCUGGUUGCCUCAAACCGUGCCGUGCUGACCUUGUCGGGGUCUAAUCGCUCCCGGCUGCGCGUGCCGAAGGCCGAUGUCUUUCCCUUGGGGGGACCGUCGCCGGAUGAUGGGAUGCUGCAGUAUCUGAUGCGACAAUUGCUGGCGGAGGUGAUCCUGGAGGGUGAAUCCAGUACAGAUGGCACCAUCUGGGUGCACGGUGCAGAUGACUACCUCGCACCUGUCCUCGAAGCGACAGCCAGGACAAGAGGUAUCCCCGUGUUCAUGAGCACCUUGUCACCGGAUGUCGCGCAGCAGACCUACAUUCACCCCUACAGCACGGAGCGGGAUAUCGGCCGGAUCAAACCCACCCGAAUCCAAACCCUAGUCCAUCUCGAUAGCAAACGUUACCCUGCUCUCGAUGUUCACCUGCGCCGGGUGGCACACAAUGAUGGGGCUAAAGUGCGAGAGAUCCCGGUCUAUCGCAAUAACACUCCGCUUGCUAUACCAAUGGACUGGGUCACACUACGUGCUUUCGCCAGCCAGUUCUGUCAAAGCCCUGAUCUAAAGCUUGAUGUCCCAGCAAUCGGCUUUCCCGGCCCAGUGCCGGUGCCAACCCUAGUCCAGGAUGCUGGUGAAUGGGCCGGUCUACAGGUCAUUGACUGGACAGGACCUUCCACACUACCAGUGCCGGUCCAGCCCCUGGACGCACGGGGUCUCUUUGCGGAUAACAAGACGUAUUUCCUCGUCGGUCUAACGGGGGAAUUGGGACUGUCUCUAUGUCACUGGAUGGCCCAGCACGGGGCUCGGUACCUGGCGAUAGCCAGUCGGAAUCCACAAGUCGAUUCGAUGGAAAUCUCCAGUUUAGAGCGCGCCGGGGUCCAAGUCCGCGUGUUCUCUCUGGAUAUCACCGACAAGGCCAGCCUGCGCGGCGUCUACGAGGACAUUCGCGCCACCAUGCCCCCGAUUGCGGGCGUGGCCAAUGCUGCCAUGGUGCUCCGGGAUCGGUCGUUUGACAAUAUGACCUGGACGGACUUUGAGGUUGUGCUGCGGCCCAAGGUCCAGGGCAGCCAGAACCUGGACGAGCUCUUCUCCGACACUCCCCUGGACUUCUUCGUCCUCUUCUCCUCUCUGGCCUGCGUCAUUGGCAACCGCGGCCAGGCCAACUACGGAGCCGCCAACAUGUUCAUGGCUACUCUCGCUGCUCAGCGGCGCAAUCGCGGCCUCGCGGCCUCGAUCCUGGACAUUGGCAUGCUUCUGGGCGUGGGCUAUGUGGCCCGCACGGGGGAACAGUACGAAACUCAGUUGAAGCGCUAUCGCUACAUGUCCUUGUCCGAGCCGGACUUCCACCACAUGUUCGCCGAGGCUGUUCGCGCUGGACACCCCGACUCAGACCAUCCUCCCGGCUUGAUUACAGGGCUGGAACGGACCAAUUUGUCGCGGGAGGAGGCAACUGCCCCAUGGCAUCGGAACCCUCGGUUUGCGCAUUAUACCUACGAUGACGCGGAGGAGUCCAGAAACGGACAAGGGGGGCCUGCUGGCGAGUCCCGCGCGCAAAGCUCCUCCGCUCAGAGCCUGCGGACCCAGUUGGCUCUCGACGUGGAUCACGAUCAGGCGCUCGGCAUCCUGGAGGCUGGGUUUUCAAGAAAGCUUCAACUUAUCCUGCAGGUUUCCGACGACAGCAUCGAUCGCGUGCGGCCCUUAAUGGACCUGGGGAUUGACUCCCUCGUGGCCGUGGAGAUUCGCUCGUGGUUCCUCAAGGAGCUGGCUGUCGACAUUCCUGUGCUUCGCGUUUUGGGUGGUGCCUCCCUGUCGGAUCUGUGUAAGGAUGUCCUGGCCAAGCUGCCCGAUUGGAAUCAGGCUCAGGCCGCAUUGUCUCCAGCCCACGCCUUGUCCGCUGGUUCGGGGACGGCAUCCAACUCGGACGCUAUUGAAACCCCUGCCGAAACUGACUCGGAAACCUCUCGCGACGACGAGCCCGGGGCUUCUCCAUACGAGCGGACGGGUGAGUUGACUCAUGCUCAGGCCCGGCUCUACUUCCCCAGUGUUUUUCUACAGGAUAAAUCCACUUAUAACGUCGUUUUCGCCGGCACCCUGCACGGUGCCCUGGAGAUCGACCGUCUGAAGGCGGCGCUCCACCUCGUUUCCCACACACAUGAGACCCUACGCACCUCUUUCUACAUCGCCCCCGGCAAGGGUACCGCCACCCAGAGGGUGAACUUGAAGUCGGGGAUCGUCUUGAAGCAGAAACACAUUUCCGACACGUCCGAGCUGGAUGCGGAACUGAAGGCCUUACGAGGGCACGAGUUUGAUCUGGAACAGGGCCAAUUGAUGAAGGUGGUUGUGCUGACCUCGCCGGACUCGGUGCAUCGGAUUCUCUUUGGCUACCAUCAUAUUGCCCUCGACGGGGUAAGCUGGCUCCUCUUCUUGCAGAACCUGCACCAGGCAUAUACUGCACGAAAUCUGCCUUCUGCGCCCCAACAGGUGAUUGAUAUGGCUGUCAAGCAACGAAACGAGCGGGUGCCGGCUCGCCUGGGAAGUGAGCUGCGUUACUGGGCUGACCGAUAUGCCGGUUGCCUGCUGGAGCCCGUACCCUUAUUCCCUGGGGCUCGGGUCAGUUCUCGCCAGAUCCUCACGGCGUACGACACUGAGACCUUCGAUAUCCGUCUCGACCAUCAGCUGGCUCAGGUGGUCCGCACGAGAAGCUCCCAGCUACAGAUGACCUCGUUCCAUUUUUACCUGGCUGUUCUGGCGGUCUUGGUCACACAAACCUUGGCCGUGGACGAUUUCAGCAUCGGCAUCAUGGACGCUAAUCGCGUGGAUCCGCUUGAUUUGCAGACGCUGGGAUUCGUCCUCAAUCUCCUACCGAUACGCUUUCAGCCCGAACCCCAUCAGCCCUUCACCACGCUGGUCCGUCAGACUCGUGACCAGGUGUUAGGUGCAUUGGCGAAUUCGCGCGUGCCCUUUGAUCUCCUCCUGGAGCAUCUCCAAGUGCCCCGAUCCGCUCAACACAGCCCGCUGUUUCAGGUGGCCUUGAAUUAUCGCAUGGGGGACUCCUAUCACACGCCACUUGGCGAGGGUUAUAUCGAAUGGACUCGCGCACUGGGUUCCGGGAAUCCGUAUGACCUGACUGUCGACGUCACCGAGACUCCCGAGGACGUCACGUUGGUGUCCUUCACCACGCACCGAUAUCUCUAUGGGCCCCGGGAAACCCGCCAGCUAAUGCAGUCCUAUCAGGCCUUGUUGGAGCAGCUGGUUGCCGACCCGUCGAUUCCCAUCUCUCAGCCCUCCGUCACCAUUGACCCUCCCCGAGCGGUCCAUCAGGGUCCCCCGCUGGCAGUUGCCUGGCCCGAGACUCUCGCUCAUCGCAUCGAGGACAUCUGGACCACCCACGCGGAGUCCACCGCCAUUAUCGACGGGUCUGGGGGGGUGUUGACCUACAAGCAGAUGGCACGUCGAGUUAUGCAGAUAUGCCAUGCUUUUGAGGAACUGGCCAUCCCCCACAACAGCUACGUGGCCAUGCUGAUGCACCCCGGCCCGGAUGUGGUCUGUACUCUGCUAGCCAUCAUGCGCCUGGGCCAUAUCUACGUGCCCCUUGACCUCCGCAAUCCCCCGGAGCGCUUGAGGGCCAUUGUCUCAGAUUGUCAGCCAGCGGUGAUCAUUGUCGACGCGGCGGCCGAGCAGGCCCGUCAUCUGGCAAGUAGCAACAUCCCCGUCGUCGAUGUCACGCAGUUCCAAACGGCUGGUCUUGGUGACACAUCGAUCCCCAACCGUGCGGUGGGCAGCCAGCCUGCCUUUGCCCUCUACACCAGCGGCUCGACCGGACAGCCAAAGGGUGCGCUGCUGACACAUGCCGGCUUCGUCAACCAGAUCGCCGCCAUCACAAGCCUCUACGACGUGCACCGCGAGGUCGUGCUGCAGCAGAGCUCGCUCGGAUUUGACAUGUCGCUCGAGCAGAUGUUCAUCGCUCUAGCCAACGGCGGCACCGUCGUGACCGUCCCGCAAGAGGCCCGCGGAGACCCAGCCCAACUGGCCAAGCUGAUGCUCACCCACAGCGUCACCUAUACCGAAUUCGUACCCUCGGAGUACUUGGCCCUCCUCAACUAUGCCGCAGCAACCCUUCGUCGCUGCGUCUCAUGGCGACUGGCCUUUUCCGGGGGUGAGAAGAUAUCUCCUCAGCUACGCCGCGCCUUCAGGCGUCUAGAGCUCCCGGACUUGCAGCUCAUCAAUGUCUACGGUCCAACAGAGAUCACCUUGUCCUGCAGCCGGGGUCUGGUGUCCUACUCUACCGACGGCGAGGAUGAAACUUCCGUGGGCCAGAUCCUACCCAAAUACACAGUUUCCAUCUUGGACGCCUCCCUGCAGCCAGUCCCCCCGGGCUCUCCAGGCGAGAUCUGCAUCGGGGGCAUCGGGGUGGCGGUGGGAUAUCUUAACAAGCCCGGGGAGACAGCCCGUCGCUUUGUGCCCGACCCCCUGGAUUCCUUGAUGACUGUCUAUCGUACCGGAGACCAGGGCCGCAUGGCAGAAGACGGGACCCUACACUUCCUGGGUCGUCUGGACGGCGACAGCCAAAUUAAGAUCCGGGGCAUUCGCAUCGAGUUGGAGGACAUCGCCCAGACUAUCCUGGCGCAGGCGUCCACGACCCUCCUCGACGCAGCUGUGUCCGUUCAAGGCACCGCGCAGGCUCUAGUGGCCUUUGUUGUCUUCGUCCCUGACUUUGCCCCGUCAGACCGGACGGCCUACCUCGAGGAGCUUCGUCAGCGCCUGCCUCUUCCCAGCUACAUGCGUCCGGCCUGCCUGGUCCCCGUCGACGACCUGCCCCGGAACCCUAACGGGAAGAGGGACCGUCGGGCCAUCGACCAACUGCCCAUUCCCAUUGGGUGGUCUCCAACCCCAGACUCCGGUCUGACUAUCCUAGACGAGACGGAACAGCAGGUCAAGAGGGCCUGGGAGGAGGUCCUACCACCGUCAUCCACCGCUCAUGCCUCGCUCACCAUUGGGCUCGAUACCGACUUCUUCCAGGCGGGGGGAAACUCACUAUUACUUCUGCGUCUCCAGGCCGUACUAGCCACGACCUUUGGCACGUCACUGGGCCUGCCCGAGCUGUUCCAGGCCAGUACCCUCCGCGGCAUGGCCCAACGCCUCGCCUCGUCCUCUACCGUCACCAGCACCUCCCUCAUCGACUGGGAUCGGGAGCUCAACUCUCUCUGCGAUGGUCUCCCGAGCACAGUCAGCGCCUAUCAACCCACCAGCCGUGACGACCAGCUGAUCGUCAUCCUCACCGGCGCGACGGGGUUCCUGGGCCGCCACCUGCUGCAGCAACUAGUCGAUCAUCCCCGCGUGCAUCGCGUUCACUGCAUCGCCGUCCGCAAGCAUGACACCCGCCAAUCCCUGUCAGUCCGCAGCCCUAAAAUAAUCAUCCAUCCCGGCGAUCUCCAGGACCGCGACCUCGGCCUCGCGGCAACCACGCAACGCACCCUCGCCAACACCGCCCAUCUGAUCAUCCACAACGGCGCCGAUGUCUCUUUCCUGAAGACAUACACCACCCUCCGACCCGCCAAUGUCCUAUCGGUCCGCUCACUAGUGGAACUUGCCCUCCCGCGGACUAUCCCCAUCCACUUCAUCUCCACGGCCUCGAUCGCCCACUUUGUCCCGCACAACGACCUGGACACGCCUCUCGCCGAGACCUCCGUGUCAGAGUAUCCCCCGCCGGCGGACAGUCCGGAUGGCUACGCCGCGUCCAAGUGGGUCAGCGAAAGCUUCCUGGAACGGGUAUGCCAGGACCGAGGACUCCCGGUGUGCAUCCAUCGACCGACCAGUCUCGUGGGCGUUGGGGCGCCGGCCACCGAUCUGAUGGCAAAUCUGGUGCAUUAUUCCGGCUUGCUGAAGGCGGUUCCGGCACUGGAUGGGGAGACUGUGGGCGGGGCGCUGGACUUGGUGCCGGUGGGGGAUGUGGCUGGGGAGAUUGUACAGAUGGCCGUGGAGUUGGAGUUGGGGUCAGAGGCAGUGUCGACGGUGCGGUUCGUGCAUCACUGUAGCGAAGUGAAGAUUCCUCCGUUUCGUCUGAGGGAGUAUCUGGAAGAGGUACAUGGGGGGGUUGUGUUCGAGACACGCCCGCUUGAGGUUUGGAUUGAACUGGCUCGCGCGCAGGGAUUGUUGCCCCUGGUGGCGGAUUAUUUGGAUAGUAUGUUGGGAAGGGGACAGCGGGUGAUGCUGCCGGUGGUGAGACGGGGGUGA